UCAAUCCCCCUUUUCCUCUGCAACUCCUGGUCUUUCUUCUCCUUUCUGUUCCAAUGAAGUCUGAGCGUUUCUCUGCACCGUCAUUUCUCAACGUCUUCAAUCUUCUUCACUUCCAUUAUAUCCUUUCUCUUUUCUCUCUUUUCCUGGUCGUCGCCGCUGGCUUGCUCAUCGGAAUCUCUCUCUCUCUCUACCUCAAAGACCCCUCUCUCACCUUUCAAAUCCAACAGUUCUUCAUCCCAUCCACUUCAUUAAAACAUUCAUCGCCAUAUCCAUCCCUCUCACCUCCAUCUCAAAUCUCGACCCUCAUCAAUAUUUCUUCCUCAAAUCGGACAAAGACGUCGUUGUCGUUAGAUGUUCAUCAGAAUCAGAAAGCAGUAACCUUAAUAACCCGAACAGGUUUGAAAGACUUCUUGAAACCUCCGGAGGCAAUGCAUGAUAUGAGCGAACAAGAGCUGUUUUGGAGAGCUUCAAUGGCUCCAAGGGUUCAGGAAGUUCCAUUCAAUCACACACCCAAAGUUGCAUUCAUGUUUCUGACAAAAGGUCCUCUUCUGUUGGCUCCUCUCUGGGACAAAUUCUUCAAAGGAAUCGAUAAAGACUUGUAUUCCAUCUAUGUCCAUUACCCUCCGUCUUUCAACAAGACUCUUCCAGAAACUUCAGUCUUUCAUGACCGUGCAAUCCCAAGCAAGAUUGUAAGGUGGGGUGAUAUGAACAUGAUUGAGGCAGAGAGACGGUUGCUAGCCAAUGCACUGCUUGAUUUCUCAAACCAACGAUUUAUUCUCCUCUCAGAAUCAUGCAUUCCUCUGUUCAACUUCUCCACCAUCUACAACUAUCUCAUGAACUCCUCCAAAACCUUCGUAGAAGCCUACGAUAAGCCUGGUCCUGUGGGACGAGGACGUUACAGUCCCAAAAUGAAGCCUCACAUCAGGUUAGACCAAUGGAGGAAGGGUUCUCAGUGGUUCCAAAUAGAUCGAGCCCUUGCCCUUGAGGUUGUGUCGGACCGGAAAUAUUUCCCAGUCUUCAAAAGGCACUGUAGGGCCCCGUGUUAUGGCGACGAGCACUACUUGCCUACGCUGGUGAGCAUCAAGUUCUGGAAGCACAACUCGAACAGGACGUUGACCUGGGUUGACUGGUCCAAGGGUGGGCCCCACCCUGCGAGGUUUACGAGGAUGGAUAUAACUCAUGAGUUCUUGGAGAGGAUGAGACGUGGGAGAGCCUGUAAGUAUAAUGGGAAGAAGACGGAUGUGUGUCAUCUGUUUGCAAGAAAGUUUACGCCUCAUGCAUUGGAUAGAUUGCUUAGGUUUGCGCCGAAGUUAAUGCAAUUCAGCUGACUUAGUGCUAGUCUGUAGAAUUUAUUGUACUCUUUUUCCCCUUUUUAUAAUUGUACAAUUAUUUUUGGAUUUGAA